AUGACCGUCCCAGUCGAAUCCAACGGCUCCAGCGGCAAGCCCUCCCACCCCCGCCAAUUCUCCUCGGGCUCGCUGGACGCCUUCAAACCAACGAUCCUAACCCCCGUCAUCGGCAACGAGUUCCCCAAGGGCUCGAUAAACAUCGUCGACGACAUCCUCCACGCCCCAAACGCCGACGCACGGAUCCGCGAUCUCGCUAUCCUAAUCGCCGAACGCGGCGUCGUCUUCUUCCGCGCCCAGCACAACCUCACAAACGAGCUGCAGAAGCACCUCAUCCUGCGUCUCGGCGAGUUAACCGGCCGCCCUGCCGGCCACAGCCUGCACAUCCACCCGGUCGUCAACAACAGCCAGGAAUUCGGCGACCCGGAUCCGCAGAUCAGCACGAUCAACAGCCGCAGCCACAAGAAGCUCUUCCGCGGAUCCUACGGGCAUCUCGCGGCCGUCUGGCAUUCCGAUAUCUCGUUCGAGACCGCGCCGGCGGAUUUCUCUGCGUUGCGGCUGACACAGCUCCCAGAGACGGGAGGCGAUACGCUCUGGGCGAGCGGGUAUGAGGUGUAUGAUCGGGUGUCGAAGUCGUAUCGUUCUUUCCUGGAGAGCCUGAGCGCGAGACAUGUGGGCGAGGGGUUCCGGCGCGCUGUGGAACGGGGGAAUGCGGAGAUAUAUACGGGGGCCCGAGGGGCGCCGGUGAAUGUUGGCGCUGGGCUGGAGGCUGAUCAUCCGGUUGUGCGGACGAAUCCGAUUACGGGGUGGAAGAGUGUGUUUCCUGUUGCUAUCGUCCAAUCGUCCACUGUUGGUGCGAAGGACCUGGACCUCAGGGUAACGGGUGCAGGGACGUUCCCGAAAUCCGUCAACGGGCUGACGAGCCGCGAGAGCGAGAAUCUGCUCAAGUACUUCCACGACCUCAUUACGUAUGGGCAUGAUCUGCAGGUGCGGUUUAAGUGGGCGGAGCCGAAUGAUAUUGCCAUCUGGGACAACCGCAGCGUCUUCCACACCGCGACAUUCGACUAUGAUGGUAUUGGCGAGAGGAGUGGAAACCGUGCUGUGGGGAUUGGCGAGGUGCCGUACUUCGACCCGAACAGUAAGUCGAGGCGUGAGGAUCUGGGAAUUGAGGAGCAUUUAAACCCUGUGCAUUGGUAG